AUGCUUUCAAUUAAAAAACUCUUUGCCUACCUCCAUCCAGGCAAAAGUUAUCCUUCAACAAACAUUUCCACGGUUAGUCAAGGAAAGGAUCUCGGCAACCAAAGAAGUAUAGCCAGUACCUCCCAAAAGCUUCUUGGAUUACACCUCUUUCUUGUUGACUCACUAAAGCCGGAGCUGUGCCAAACACUGGACCGUAUUACACACGAACAGGCCGUCCGUUCUGCCGAGGUAAGAAAACAAAAACAGGAGGAGAAAUACAAGAAGACCUCUCCACAGGCUGGAUCCCCACUUCCAACACACACAAUUAAGAACCUUAGCAGUCACGUCCUGUCCGAAGUGUCGGUACUUUCAAAAGAACACAAUUUCGCUGUCACCCCCACGAGCAUUUUUACGGAAGAAAUUAUCAACCAAAUUGAGACGGCUAUCUUCCGCCUCCCACCCGAAGCAAGCAACGACAUUAGACAACAAGCAGUGAACAUCCUCCGCAAGGUUAAACCACUCAGCCAAAACAUCAGCAGAGAAGAACGCUUGGUACUCCGGAAUUUGAGACAGAAUAACAACAUUCUAAUUCUACCGGCGAAUAAAGAAAAUGCCACAGUGGUAAUAGACAAAGAAGAUUACUGCAAUAAAGUCAAUGCUAUGCUCUCGGAUUACAGCGUUUGUAGAAAACUGAAACAAAAUCCGACAACCACCAUAAAGAAAAAAACAUUUGUUCUGGUCAAGAAUUCAGGCCUCUCUCCUGAAACUACCAAAUAUCUUACCCCCCGGGAAUUCAAUAUCGGGGGACCUUCCUACCAGUUGGCCCGCUACCUCACCAAACCACUUCAAAAACUCACUGGUCUCAAUGGAUCUCACAUCAAGAAUUCUAUUGAUUUUGUGAACAAAAUUGCAAAGAUCAAAACAAAACUCAAUGACCUCCUGGUGAGUUUUAAUGUUUUAUUGUUCACAAAUGUCCCGGUCCAAGAUACGUUGGACAUUAUCAUAAAAUCCGACAAACUUCCGGCCAACCUCUUCCCACUAAUAGAACAUUGCCUAACGUCGAUCUACUUCCAGUUUCAAGGAGAGUUCUUUGAACAAACCUCUGGAGCAGCAAUGGAAUUCUCUAUUUCACCCAUUAUUGCGAACAUUUUCAUGGAACAUCUCGAAGACAAAGUUCUGAAGAACACACCCUUCAAACCUCCCACGUGGUUCCGAUACGUAGAUGACACAUUUGUUAUAUAA